GCUGUCCCCCGACCACUCCGCCGCCCGCUCCAAUGGCGGCGCCGGCCAGCUCCUCAUGCUUCCACCCACGCGCGACCGCCAGCCCGCCGUCUUCUCUCAGCGUCGGCACCAAGGUCUUCGUCGGGCUCAGGGCGCAGACCAAGCUCGGUUCGUCGGAGUCGUCAUGCCCGAAUGUCAGCGCUGGGUUCCACACUGCGGUCAACCGGAGAAUCUCUCUCAGGUUGUCCAAAAAGAAGGCGACCAGAGCCCGCAUCUCGAUGAUGCCUAUUGGUACUCCACGUGUGCCUUACCGAACACCUGGUGAAGGAACCUGGCAAUGGCUUGACAUAUGGAACGCUCUGUACCGUGAGCGGAUUAUCUUCAUUGGGGACAAUAUAGAUGAAGAAUUCAGCAACCAAGUGUUGGCAAGCAUGCUCUAUCUUGACAGCAUUGAUAAUUCCAAAAAGAUAAUGCUAUACAUUAAUGGACCAGGAGGAGAUCUUACUCCGUGUAUGGCACUAUAUGAUACCAUGCUAAGUCUAAAAAGUCCUAUUGGCACUCACUGCUUGGGCUUUGCAUUCAACCUGGCAGGAUUCAUCCUUGCAGCCGGUGAAAAGGGUUCACGCACUGGUAUGCCUCUAUGCCGGAUUUCACUCCAAUCACCUGCCGGAGCAGCUCGAGGACAGGCUGACGAUAUAGAAAACGAAGCAAACGAGCUUAUCCGCAUCAAGAACUAUCUCUAUGGCAAGCUCGCGGGGCACACAGGCCAUUCUGUCGAGAAGAUCCAUGAGGACCUGUCUAGGGUGAAGCGCUUCGACGCCGAAGGGGCUCUCGAGUACGGGAUCAUCGACCGUAUUGUCAGGCCGUCUAGGAUCAAGAAAGAGGGCUCCACUGCUCAAAGGAGGGACAUGCGGAAUCUGGGACUUGGCUAAUAAUAGACGAUCGAAAUCCUGUUGUAUCAGAAUUUUUUGUGCAAGGGAUGCGCUUAUUAUGGGAGAGCGAGCGAUGCACUGUUCCAAGCUCUACGCCGGCGUAGGUGUUUUGUUGUGUCAGCUGUGCUUUUGCUAACUGUCAGCACUACUAUUAUAAUAUAUUUGCUGGGAUUGUUGAUGAGCACGGCAAAGAAAAAGACCAGAGAUGCGAGGGCACUGGCCUCUAG